AUGUCUGCUUCUUCUCUCGGAACAACACUGAUUGCUCUCUUUCUCACUUCUCUCUCGAGUACUUUUGAAGUUCUUCUCGAAUGUUCGAUCGGAUUUGUGAUGGCUCGUGUGAAAGCUUUCAAACUUCUCAACAAGGAUCGAAUUCGAUUUUUAUCCAAAUUGUGGUUUAAUUUAUUCAUUCCAAGUCUCUUUUUUAUUGGAAUUUCACAAGCAUUCUCGGCAGAAGUCUUUCGAAAAUUAUACAUGAUUUUUGUGUUUGGAAUUUUAUUGGAAUUAUUGGGAAUGGUGUUUGGAAAGUUGUUAUUCCUAAAAUGGAUAUGGCGAGAAAAAUUGAGUCCAGUCUCUCGAAGAGUGUUAAAUCUGACAUUGGUGUGUCACACGAGUGUUUCGUUGCCACUUGUGUUUUUGGAAGCUCUUUGUAAGGUUUCCACAUUAGAGAAGAAUCCAAUCUUUAACAUGACCUAUUUAAAAGCUCAUGACAGUUCUGUCACGGCCUCCUCCGUAUUUAUCAUUCCAACAGAAUUUAUUUUUUACACGUAUGGAUAUCAUUCGUUUCGAUUAGGAGCUGAAGCAUUAAUGAGAGAGGAACAAGACAAGAAACGAAAAGAUGAAAUGACUCUCAAUAAUGAAGAACAACUUGAAAGGUUGGAGAUUGUUGAUGAACCAGUCAUGAAUAAUUCCAAACAAGAAGAAGAAUUGGAAGAUGAAAAAUUAUGGAUUCAAGAACAACAAGAAACAUUCACAACGAGUCAUUCAAGUGAAAAAACUCAAAAUUUCACAUCAAAGGAUCGACAUGAAGAAGAACAAUUGAUGACCAACACGAAUGACAAUCACAACAUGAGCAAUCAUUCCAUGUUGGAAACAUCAACACCACAUGAAUCAGCAAUGACUAUUGAAGAUGAGGCAAAAAGUCCAAUUCAGGAAAAUUCAUUCACUUGGACUCAAAAAGUGAAAAAAUUGUUUUUGAAACAUUGGCCCAAAUUCAAAGAAUUUCUCAUCAAUGUCCUCUCGCCACCACUCGUGUCCAUCUGUUUGGCCAUUCUUGUUGCUUUAAUACCACCGGUGAAGGAAUUUUUAAUUGUGCAUCCUCCAAUUUUUAUUUCCUCAUUGAAACAUAUUUGUGAAACAUUUUCACAGGCAGUGUCACCUGCUGCGUUGAUUGUGUUGGGAGGAAAUUUAGCACUUACCUUAUUAAAGGAAAAUGAGGAGAAUGAGGAGAAUGAAAUGGAUUCAACAAGAACUCUGACGAAUUUACCAACAACAACAACAACCAACGAAAGAUGUCGACUUUUAACCACCAAAUUAAGGAAUUUAUGUUCAAAUAUUGGACAAUUCUUUCGAGUGAAAAGAAUUCAUCCACUUGCCAUUGCUCUUUCAGUAUUUGUCAAACUCAUUAUAUUUCCCUUAAUUGGAGUUGGUUUGGUCGCUGCUUGUGUGAAAUUACAAAUUUUACCUACCAAUGAUCCAAUUUUAAUUCUCGUAGUAUUAAUUCAAUUCGGAAUGCCCAUGUCCAUGAGUUUGGCAGGUCUUUCAAGUCUUAAUAAGGACUAUGGACAAGAAGAAGUGUGUGAAUUAUUGUUAUGGCACUAUUUGUUAUGUCCUUUCACUCUUUCAUUAUUUUCGACAUGGUUUUUAUCCUUAUCUUGUCAAUUUUUGGAUGAAAAGAGUGCUGCGAAACUUUGUCGUGUUUAA